AUGGACCUCGCUGGCGUGCCCUUUGGCUCCGGUGGCAUGACGGGCAUGGCGGGCCAAGGUCGCACAAGUGGAGCCGCGACGGGGAAGAUGCACGAUGGGACGAGGUACCCGACGAAGAAACCAAACAAUGAUAUGCAGCGGAUAUGCAUAAUCGCAGCCCGCCUUGUCGAUGGCUAA